ACAACAUGGACCAGGUGACGUCGAUCUACAGGACAAUCAAGGGAGUUCGAGGCCAUUUUACAUAUAUUAAACACCACUUGCAUCCCCACAUUAUAGCAACACUCGUCUUUACAACUUACAUCCAAAGCCAACAUCCAAUCUUUCUACCCACUGUCGCUAGCUUCCCGUUCCACUUGGCAUAAUCUCCAAAAUGCACUCCAUACUUCCUUUUCUCGCUGUCCUUUCUGUGGUCUCCGGUGCUGCCAUGAAAACCCGUGCAGACAUGGGAUACUGGGACUACAAGGCCAGUGUAUCGUUCCCGGCCUCCGCCUACACGACAUACACCGUCGACGCGACGUACCACAACUCCGAGCUUGAGGAACCAGUAGAGAUCCACUGCACGUACACGUAUGACCCCAAGGACCAGACCGAAACUGCAGAGUGCAGCGAGCCGUCUUUCUCGUAUGAUUUUGGCGGUGUCUCAAUGUCUCACACGACUACGAACAACAGUCUGAAGCAGACGGUGCCACUCAACGGCGAACAGGUCACCGUCUUUGGCACAUCGGAGCUGAAGUGGGAUUUCAGUGGCGGAUCGGGCCGCAGUGGACAUACGGAGGGCAAGAUCGAUGUCACGAGCGCUAUUGCUUAGACUUAUUUCCCCUCGU